GGAUCGCAUUCAGAUCAUCAGUUCUUCGCGGCAAGAAACAACAUCGCGAAGAAAGUUUUUUCUUUAUAUAUAGUGUGAUAGUGAAUCAAAAUUUCGGGAAAAUUCAUAGGAAAAAUAGUGUUUGGGAAAGUAAAAUCAAUAUAAAUGGACUGGUGAAGGAAUUAAACGACACGAACCUCUUUCCCUUCCAAAAAAAGGGUAACGACUGGUUCAUAAAGUCGUCAUUUUUUUUCCUUUCUAUGUCCCUUUUGUUUGUCCUUAAAUUAAAUAUUUAUUAAUUUAUUUAAAAAAUCCCCAUUAUUUUUUUUUGUCAUUCCCAAAUUCCUUUUGAGAAAAGGAAGAAAAAGUUUGUUGUCGUAGAAGAAGGAAAGAAUCAAGGAAUUCGAGAUGUUGUAUCAACAGUUGUCCGCUUAUGAAUCGGACAGUGUAUAUGGAGUGGAGCCUCUUGAGCGAAGUGAUACGCAAAGUCUUCAUCUACAAACGCAGGAGAAUCUUCAAAUUUCACAUCGUGAACGUGAUCCAUUGGCACAAGGUGGAGAAUUGCAAAUUCCAAAAAAAGAACGUACUGUCGAUCAAAUAAAAUUGCCAGCACCACGCGAACGAGGGGACACAUUGGCACUUUUUCAAUCGACAAUUGAACGGGAAAAAAUGCACGUACCACAUCCAAAUCGUGAUCGUGAGCAAUUACAAUUUCAGCAGAGGGAACGUGAACGUGAACAGCUUCAUCGGGAGAAAAUACAUCAUCAGACGCGUGAACGCGAUAAUAUUCACCAAGUGCAAUCAAUCAAUAAUUUUUUGCUCGAUCUACCAACAUCUUCUUCGUCAACUCAUUCGAGUCACGAUAAUUCUUGUUCGUUGUCAAAGAACUCGAGUUUGGACGAUAUGUCGAUUUCGGAUCUGUUUAACUUGGGAUUACCACGAGGAUCGUUAAUGAGUGGACAAUCAAAUUGUAGCUCAUCUGGAUAUCGCCAUCAACAUUAUGGACAAAAUUUUAAUCAGUCACCAUCCGGAUCUUAUCAGCCAGGGGAGGAGAGUCGUGGACACGGAAGUAAUUUGACAGUUGGUCAAGAAGUGUUGAAUUCACCAACUUCGGCGUCAACACCGGGAAGUCCCAGUACACCAGGAAGUCUCUACUCAAAUCCACAUUCUUUUCAUCCACCCGCGGUUAGCAGCACCUACAAUACUCCUCUAUCGUCAAAUCGUUCACAACACCAAUAUUUGGGCUCUCCACCGUCUCCAAUUAAUUCUUCUUUCUACGGAAGACCAAUUCGCGGCUCUCCAUCGUACAGCGAUUGCAGCAGUCCAACAUUGGAUUAUCCAUACGUGGUUGGUUGCAAUGGAUCUCGAUCGAAUUCACCAGCUGAUUCUGAGACGAGCGGGGUCAGUAGCAUGGACGGUUCACUUUCCGAUAUUAUGACUUGUUUGUCAAUAAAUUCAUCGACCCAUCAAUGCUAUCCGCCAUCGAUAAAUUCUAUGGUGUCGUCGGAGAUGGACAAUGUCUGUUCGGGAAAUCGAGUGGCACCAUUUCAACGUAUGGCUGUGAAAAAAUACGUUCCCCAUCAGCAGCAUCAUUUUCAUCAUCAUUCGCACAAUCAUUCGCGAAAUUAUCAUCACUCACAGCAAUAUCCCGGAAGUUUUCUCAAUUCUUAUUUGAAUUCGGAGAAGAGCUGUUGUUCAACGUCGAAUCAAUAUAUGAUGUCAUUACGUUCACCGCAACCAACGAUUCCCGAUAUUUAUAUGUCACUCGAUCGGGCAGCGCGAUGCCACAGAAAUGCUGCUGCACUUUGUGAAGCCACACGCACUUGGAGGGGCGCUUUACCGCCGCGAUCUCAGAAACCAACGGGUUAUUCCCCUAAAGUUUUCGUUGGUGGCGUACCUUGGGAUAUAACCGACUCGAUGUUGGUUGCAGCUUUUCGGCAAUUCGGUUCAAUUCGGAUUGAAUGGCCCGGAAAGGAUCAACCCACGCAGAAGGGAUACGUUUACAUUAUUUUCGAAUCCGAAAAACAGGUCAGGACAUUACUUUCUUGCUGCACACAUGAAUUAGCAAACGGUGGAAGCUACUUCUACAAAAUUUCAUCAAAGAGAAUGAAGUCCAAAGAUGUACAAAUAAUUCCAUGGGGCUUGAAUGAAAGUAACUAUAUUAAAUCGUCGUCCCAAAAACUUGAUCCGCAAAAGACUGUAUUUGUUGGUGCGCUACAUGGAAUGAUGACUGCCUCAGCACUCGCUUUGAUUAUGAACGAUCUCUUUGAUGGAGUUAUUUACGCUGGAAUUGACACAGACAAACACAAGUAUCCAAUAGGAUCGGCACGCGUAACAUUUGACAAUCCUUGCUCGUACAUUAAUGCCGUGUCCGCUGCAUUCAUUGACAUUAAAACAGCGAAAUUCUCAAAGAAGGUUCAAGUCGAUCCCUACAUUGAAGACGCGCUCUGCUCUGUGUGCUCCGUUCAACAAGGACCAUACUUUUGUAGAGAAUUGAUGUGCUUCCGUUACUUCUGUCGUAAUUGUUGGCAAUGGCAACAUUCAACCGAAGGUUUACGAAUGCACGAACCACUGACUCGCAAUUCAAAAAGCAACCAGAUGGUUGGAAUGACACCAAAUUAUGGUUCAUAUACACGAUACUCCAACACCUUCUCAAUGUGAUGUAAACACGAAACGGAAAGAAAAAACACAAGGAUAAGGAAGAAUUUUGUGAUCUCUUAGAAAGUUCAAGUUUUUUGUUUUGACUAGUUAUUUCUCUAGACAUUGCACAGUAGAAUUUAUUUAUAUUUUUUUUAAAUCCGCAUUUUUUCUAUAACAGUGCAUAAAAAGAAAGAAAGUUUCUAAGCUGCAGGCAGCUAGUCUUGACGAGAAAACACAAUAGAUCCUUAGUAAUCGAUUAGUUUACAAAAGAGAGAUUUUUUGUUAUCACUAUUUGUUUCAAAUGAUAUACAAAAAGAUUUAAAGUGAAGAAGUUAAGUCGAUAAUAAUACGUGGAUAAUUUAUCCAUAGAAAUUACGAUCAAAAAAAAAAAAAUUUUUUUAUUAAGCAUUUAUAAACGGGACAGUAUCUCUCGUGGAUUUUUUUCUUUUUUUUUUUACUUGAAAUCGUUGAAAAUGAGAAACGGAGAGUUUGGCAAAUACCACACAAAGUGAUUAGUGGCGGUACUUGUUUAUCAUGCUUCAUUUAAUUAAAUUCAAGAUUCUCUCGAUUAUUGUCUUUUAUAGUGACAAUAUUUUCUUUUUAUCUAAUAAUAAUAAUAAUGAUAAAAUUACAUCGGAUUCUAUAGAAAUCUUAAUUCUCGAUAGUUGUAUUUUUUCUGAAUUACUUAAAAAAAAAAGGAAAGUUAUCGAAAAAGGAGGGAAAAAAAAAUCACUAAAAAAUAUUUAGAAACAAAUUCUGGAAAAUGAAAAAAAAAAGAAACUUGUUUAAUAUAUUAAGAGGAUAUUUUUUUAGAUUUAUAAAAAUUUUCUUGAAAAGAUGUUCGACUACGAGUCGCGUUUUUUUUUUAAUGAUUAUUUGAUGAGAUUUCUUUGAAGCUGGAUAAAGUUUAAACAAAAUAAUUCGUAUUGUCCGUUUUGAGCAGCAAAUUUUUUGUUUAAAAUUUUUUUUCUACAACAGUCCAAUUGGCGUUUAACUACCAAUUUACGUGUUAAUUUUUUUUUUUUUUUUGAAACAUUGAUCUGUUAGCUUUUUUUUACAUUUUGCUAUAUUUGAAAAAGAGGGGGAAAAAAAGAAAUGUACGUUUGGUAGAAAAAUAGACUUGGUUAAUUUAUGAUUAUUAGAUUUAAGUCGCGAGCGAAAAGGGCGGAUUUGUUUAUCGCUUUAAAUUUAUUGGACUGUUUAAUCGUUGACGAAACGGAAGAGUACUAAUGGUCUAUAUAUAUAAAUAUAUAUACGAUUCAUGAGCGGAUUGUAGGAAAUAGAUUAUGUUUUUAUUUUUUGUUACGAUCUUGCGUCUUGUAAUUUGUUUGAAAAAGCCAUAUAUAAUUUCAAAAAUCGAGAUACUUAUAUUUUGAUACAUGAUUUUGUUAAUCGAUAAAGAGAAAGAAAACAUUUAUACUUUUUGCAAAAACAAAAAAAAAAUUCGAUUGUUAAUUUA